AAUAAUAAUUAAACGAAAAAUGCUUUUUCCCUAAAAAUUCUCUCUCCCUUCUCUCUUCUCUGUCUGGAUGAACGAUAAGUGAAGCCUCUAGAAGGCAACGCCGUCUCCCAACAACCUGUCGCCGGAAAUUAGCCGCCGGGCUGUUUCCGUUCAACUCCGCCUCUGGGUUUUCGGCGCUCCAACCUUUGUGCGAUGCCGUGCACGUACCUCGUACGACUUCACUCUGUGAACUAUGUUCGGAGUUGUUGAGAUCUGUGGCGAAUGAUGCUGUUCUUGUAUCUGCGGAAAAGAAACUAGGGUUCCGAGCUGUAUCGGGUUUGCUUCGUGGAGAAAUUGGAGUAUUAUUGGUACUGGGUUUUAGUAGAUCUUGAUGUAGCUGGAGAGGGGUGUGCGCGGAGAUUUGGGAUGAGGAUUAGAGGCUUUGAAGUUUUUCUUGCCCAUGUUUGAUUCUCUGAUUUUUGAUGUGUAUGGUUGUUGUCAUUUGGGUUCGAUGGAGUAGGUGAUGUUUCUUUGUUUUUUAUAUUGUUGAAAUCACUCUCGUCUUGGGUGAAAUUUAGUCCGGUGAUCUAUUUGUGAAUAUAUAUGGUCGUGUUUGUGGAUCAACUAUGAAGAGGUUGAGGUCGAGUGAUGAUCUCAAUUCAUUUGGGGAAAAGAGCGUUUGUAAAGAUUGGGGUAGAAGGGAAGAGGAUUCAGGGCUGAGUCGGCCUUCAUCUCACCGGACCUUCUACUGCAAGUCCGAAAAUGCAAGGAAGGGUUUUUCAUCAUCAUCUUCUCGGUACGACCGGCUAGAUGAUGAUCGUGAAAGUUCAAGAUUGAUCAGGAAGCGGUCAGAUUAUGAUUCAGAGAAUUAUGAUAGGAGAAAGAGCUAUGAUCGGUACAGGGAUGUUAGUGACAGACGGUUUCUGAGCCCUUCACCACGGGGUGGAUAUUCUAGUGGGGAUAGAAUUCAUCGCUCAGAGAGCUUUUCUGGGUUUAGGAAAGAUUUUCCAAAGAGGUUUAGAUCUGAGAGGGAUCGAUCACGGCGAGAGGGUAGUGUUUCCUCAUGGCGGAGAUUUGGUGCUGCAAAAGAUCUUGAUGAAGGAGCCCGGAAUGAUGGUGAUAUAGUUAGAGGGACCAAAUCUGUAUCAGAUGACAGAGGGAAUUUGAGGUCUCCGCGUGGUCCGAAAGAAGCAAAAUCACCUCCUUGGUCUAAGGACUCCGGGAGUGAGAUGUCAAAGAGUGUUGAAGUGAAGAAAAGUGAUGGCUUCAUUGUGGAGAGUGGCAGUAGCAGUGAAAUGGAAGAAGGGGAGCUUGAACCUGAUAAUGAACCAGCUUGUGAAAGUAAGCCUGCGUUUAAAGACCAAAUUAAUGAAAAUGAUCUUGCAUCUGAAGACCAAGUUCCUGAAAAUGAUCUUGCAUCCGAAGACCAAAGCCCUAUUAGGUUGAACCAUGGCCAAAAGGAGCUUGGAAGUGGGAGUCAGGCUGAGAAAAUUGUAGAGGAUGGAACAAAUUCUCCGUCUGAAGUGGAAUAUAACAAGGAUGGCACCUGUGAAGAGAAAGCAGAAGUCCGACCACAGGAAACUGUUAAAGAUUGGCCAAAUGAAGUUGAUGAAUCGCCUAGUAAUUUAGUCCAAGGUAAGAUUGCCCAUGAAAAUAUUACUGAAGCCUUACCAGAUGAUGAAGGUAGCAAGAAGGAAGAUAGUCCAAGGGAAAUCAACAUUUGCAAGGCUGAAGAGACCAAGGGUGCUUCUGUUGGGAAUUUGACUCCUCUAGAGGAGGUGCAUAAAGAAGAAAAAAGCAUAGACCUUGAAGGCAAGAGAGCGGAUGCUUAUUUGCCUGAAUCAAAUAAGAGUGCAUCUGGAGGUACUGAAAUCCCACCUAAAGAAGAUAAGGGCGUAGAUCUGGAACUCAGAAGUGAUGAUAUCGCUUUGCCAGAAUCAAAUAAGGGAGUCUCUGGGGAAGGUGAAGUCCCUGAGAUUGCUUUGUCGGUCCAAAUGGAUGGUAUAGCUUCUAAGGACAAAGGCAAAAGUAUUGUUGUUUCACCUUCUAAUGUUAGUACUUAUGUAGAAGUGGGAAUGAAGGUUGAAAGAGAAGCAGAAGGCAUUUUUUCGUGCGGAGACAACGAUGCAGAAGGACCAAGUAUUAAUGGCUUACAGUUGUUCCUCAAUGAUCCUGUUAAAAAGCCCGAGAAAACUGACCAGACUAGCAUCCAUCAGCCUAAAGAUGAAAAGCUGGUGCUGGAACCACUUGAUCUUUCACUUAGUUUACCGAAUGUCCUGUUACCUAUUAAUUCCCACAGUAUGGUUCGGGCUCCUGUUUCGCCAAGUCAUGCAAGGAGUGGGCAAUCUUUUCCGAGCACAUUCCGCACCAAAUCUGAUGGGUUCAGUAUGUCAAUGUCCUUUUCAGGUUCACAGCCGUAUACACACAACCCAAGCUGUUCCCUCACGCAUAACUCAAUUGACAAUUAUGAACAGUCUGUUGGUAGCCGUCCCUUAUUUCAUGGAAUGGAUCAGGUUUCUCCUGCAACCUGGCAUGGUCAAUCUUCAAGCGAGCAUAAGAACAAAGAGAUUUUGAUGCAUCAAAGGAUAGUAUCAAAUGGAAACGGCUUUUAUGAUCAAUCUCCUUCAUCACAGACUACUUCCACUGGUCAAGGUGUGCAAGGACAACAAGUUAAAGUUGCGGAAGGGACUUCUACUAUGCCCAUUAGACUGGAUCGACAAAUGAGUUUACACAGACAGCUGUCUGGAGUACGGUCAAGGCACCAGAAUGAUGUUAGAUCCUCUUCACAAAGUGUUGGAUCUCAUGAAAAUGGAUCAGAAUAUGGUAAAAGCAAGAAAUGGGUGAUGAGGGAGAAAGAUAGCAGUAGUUUACAUAGAAACCAUAGCCAAAAUGAGAAAGACCAGCUUUUGAUAGGAGGGGCUGACUUUGCUGAGUCCAUAAUCACCAUGGUAGUUUCUGAACCAGUGGACCUGAUGGCUAAUCGAUUCAAUGAAAUGACAGGACAGUCUAUUGCAUGUUUGAAGCAGAAUGUCCGUGAUCUCAUUUUGAAUGCUGGUAAAUGCAGGCAACUAUGUGCCUUUCAAUCAGCACUACAGAACAGGUCAGAUAUUACUCUGGAUCUGCUGCUGAAAUCCCAUCGAGCUCAAUUAGAAAUCUUGAUCUCUUUGAAAACUGGCCUUGAAGAAUUUCUUCAACGAAAUGAUGAAAUUUCUACUUCGGAGUUGGCAGAGAUCUUCCUGAAUUUAAGAUGCAGAAAUCUCACUUGUCGGAAUCUUUUGCCUGUGGAUGAAUGUGAUUGCAAGGUCUGCAUACAGAAGAAUGGUUUCUGUAGUAGUUGCAUGUGUCUCGUGUGUUCAAAGUUUGACAUGGCUUCUAACACAUGUAGUUGGGUUGGCUGUGAUGUUUGCCUCCAUUGGUGCCAUGCCAAUUGUGCAUUGCGAGAAUCGUAUAUUAGAAAUGGACGUAGUGCAUCUGGACCCACAGAAAUGCAAUUUCAUUGUGUUGCAUGUGAUCAUCCAUCUGAGAUGUUUGGCUUUGUAAAGGAAGUUUUCCAAAAUUUUGCAAGGGAGUGGACAGCUGAAACACUUACAAGGGAGCUUGAAUAUGUCAGAAGAAUCUUUUCUGCUAGUGAGGAUGCAAGAGGGAAGCAGCUGCAUAAUUUGGCUGUUCUGAUGAUUUCAAAAUUGGCGAACAAGUCUGAUGUUCGGAAGGUUCAAAGCCAGAUUAUGAGUUUCCUUGCUGAAAUGGAUUGCUUCAAGUCUGGGAACACUCCCAUUGUGUCAGCCAAGGAGCAAUUCAACCAGAAUCAAGGAGGGAGUAACAGGAUUACUGGGCCAAGCCAAGAUCCUGUAUGGUUUAAGCCUCUUUAUUCAGAAAAGUUACCUUAUUUGGAGAAAUCAUCCAGUUUACUUCCUAGCUAUAAUGCGGACAAGAACGACAAACACCUGCUGGACUCGGAUUUGCAAAGGAGUGCCCAGAAAGAACCUGUUUUCGAUGAAUUGGACAGUAUUGUGAGAAUCAAAUAUGCAGAGGCUAAAAUGUUCCAAACACGUGCUGACGAUGCAAGACGAGAAGCUGAAGGCCUGAAACGCAUUGCAAUUGCUAAGAAUGAAAAAAUUGAAGAAGAGUAUACCAGUCGCGUUACCAAGUUGCGGUUGUCUGAGGCUGAAGAUAUGCGCAAUCAAAAAUUUGAAGAGCUUCAGGCUCUUGAGAGAGCUCAUCAGGAAUAUUUCAAUAUGAAGAUGAGAAUGGAAGCAGACAUUAAAGAUCUAUUGUCAAAAAUGGAAGCUACAAAACGAAAUCUCACCAUGUGAUUUCCUGGUCAGCUGCCGAUUUUCCCAUGAAGCCUCGGCAUCUAGGACGGUUUUAAACGACAUAUUGUAAGUCCAGUGUACAACUUCCGCUGCCAUGGAUAUUUAGGUGUAUCUUCCAAGUUAGGUUCCUUUUUCUCCUUAUUAUGCCGCUAACCAGAUUCUGUACAGAGACUUUCAUCUCUUCUAUUCACAAUAGUUGGUACCCUGGAACAAGGAUCUUAGAAAUAGAAAAUGCAGAUCAAGUUUUUUAUUGCCUAAAAUUCAAGCAAAAUAUGUCCUGUUGGGGCCCUUCUAUACUACUCGCAUGCAUGGUGUCUUAACAUGGCAUAAUAGAUUAAGAAGGUAUGUAUUUCCUUAAUUUUGCAUAUCUUUGACCAAAGUACUUUAUGAUGUACAUGUAUGAUGCAUGCUCAUUAUAAUAGAGGUUUCUUGGUCUGCUUAGUAGUGCAUA